AAGGUUUGUUUGAUAAAGGAUAAUCAUUUCCGAGACAAGGAAAAUCUAUGCAAUGAUUACUUUUAUUUGUAAAUCUUGUAAACAGUUUUAAAUAAUGCAUCGAUAUAAGCAAACAAUUCUUUGACAUAAGUUGUAUGCAACUAUAAAUUGUUAAUAUCUCUAUGUAUACAUGUGUAAACGGAAACUAAAAUAAUUAGUGCAAAAGAACGAUAGGCCUUUGAAUUGAGUCAUAAGAUUCUCAGUGUUCAUGGGAGUUACAAUGAAUCUCUGGAUUUGGAUUUCUUUCUCCUUUUUUAUCUCGUACGCCAAUGUAGUUUUUGCUAGAGACGUGUUCGAAUCCUCUGAAGAGCUGGUAGGCCGCGGAGUUACAGAGUCAUCGCUGAACACCUGGGUUGCUCCAAAAUAUGCAGAAAAUGUGGGAGAGUGUGCGAAACUGUGUCAUCUAGAGCCCGACUGUUUAUCCUUUACGAUUAAUCUGGACCUAAAUCAGUGCACGGGACACAUUUUAAUAUUGGAUAAACAUGACCCUAAUCUGGAGGACGUUAUUGGAGCUCAGUAUUUUUAUAAACCUCGCCCGCCCGUGACUACUACACCCAUUACCACAAAGAGAUCGAAAGGAUGGAAAGGUCGUUAACCACUUCUUUGCAGCAACGGUGAAAAACUUGCAAGCGUCUCAUUUUUACAGGAUUUUUUAUUUAAUUCUGAUUAGAAAUAAAUACAUAAACGGAAAAUUUUAUCAGGAACUCCGAACAGCACAUGGAUAAAAUUCAAACUGCGGCUUCAAGCUGGCUAGACGGUGAAAAAAUACUUUAAUUUUUAAAAAUAUGAUAUUUUGGCUAUAAUUAUUCUUUUUCACAUCGAUACACUCCUUGAUUCAUAUACUAGUACUAUCAAUUGCCACAAUACGAAAAUUGUUUACCAUAACCAAUGUAUAUAAAAUAUAUACCAAUUAGAUGAUUAUUUAGUGAAACAAAUUACAUGUAGAAAACAACCAAUAGAUUUUUAAAUAUGCAUGCUUUUCUACGUAGCAAAAUCAACAAUACUGGCAGUUAUAGUACGCAUCAUGGCUAACCUUACAUUUGCACAUUAUGAUUAAAUCUAAGUUUAUAUUAAUUACAUGUAUAUACUCUAUGUAAAAGAAUUGAUUUUUUAUAGACCAUAAUAGCACGACAUGGAAUCAAUUUUUUUAAAAGAACAAUUUUGUCUAAACUUGAUCAAUAUAAAAAGGGGCACUUUUAUUCGGUCCAUUCAACAAUGGUUCAAAACUAUAUUUUUAAAAGAUAACAUAAAUAACAGACUUCCUACUGAAUUAACGUGAAAUUUACGUAACAUUUAUAUUUAUGUGAAUUGAAAUUCAUAUGAUAAUUACAAUCCCAAUUGUACUUCUCAAAUUAUAAAAUUGCCACUUUAAGUGUUGUAUAUAAUAGUUAUUGAAAUUUUUUUUAUUGUACUGCUUUACUUUUUACUCAGUAAAUCACAUUCACUCCGUAAAGAAUAUAGUUUUAAUAUAUUUAUUUAUUUACAUGAUAUGACUUUAUUAUAUUUUUUCGUAUUCGUAUUUUUCUGUAAAUAAAAUCUUUGAUAGUGAAUGUAUGUAUUUAUUGAUAAUCUAUAUAUGCUGUUAGAUUGAAAGAUGGUUGUACAUAAUGAUUGUGUAUAUUUAUUCUCUGUGAAAAUUGUCAGGUGGGUUGGCACCUGUAAAAUUGAUUUUUGUUUAUUGUAAAAUUGAUUUUGUCUGUACCGCUAAUUCUAUGUUGAGACUAAUUAGUAUUCUUGAAGUUCUCGAUCAUGUUUACUUUGUAUUUUCUUUACAUUUAUAUAAGUAUUUGAACUUGAUCAAGCUAAAUCAUGGAUUUAUUGAUUCCACAAUUUUCAAAUAUCAAGUUUUUUUAAUAUAUAAAAUCAAUAAUCUGCUAUUAAGCUUUUUAUAGUAAAAAACAAUCAAAAGUACGACUACAAAACCAACUGGUUUUUUCUUUAAAUAUGUUUUAUACGUCAAUCAAUUCGUAUAUGAAAUACCAUUAUGCUCAUGGAAAUUUCAUCUAUCUGUGAAUAAAAUACCAUAAGUUCCUCAGCUUUGCAAGGAUAACAACUAUGAAUUUUCAGUCUCCCUCUUGUAUCGAGAACGACUUCUUUAAAAACUGAAAGAAUAUCAAGAAGAAGUAUAGAUUUACCUUUUUCCACUAUUUUAUGUAAACUUAACUCAAAUAAAGGAUUUGAAAGCAAAACCGCAACUUUUGUUUAUUUUAAUCAGAUGUUAACUAUCUAUAUAAAAAAGCUUUGAAGUGUUUAGUUGACAAAACGUCCGGUAGAACCAGACCUAGUUCAAACUUUAAUAUCAUGUAACCUAUCCUCUACUUGCUGCUAGAAAUUGUAAUAUACAGUUAAUAGAAAUCUCCCAUACACUACUCAAAUUUAAGAAAGUUGAUAAUAAAAUGGAGAAUUUGAUGAUUUCCUGUAUCCUCAUACUUAUUUUUUUCUCUCAUAUUUUCUGAAACCCCAAGUUUUCUAACAAGCAAGUUUGGGCUCAUGAACGUAUAAGGUUUGGGUAAUUUUAUUUUUAUUCUGUGCAUGAUUAGCAUUCAUCAAAUGUAUUUAAGCCAAAA